AUGCCAACCUCUUCGUCAGAGUACCGUGCAGAGGGUUCGCCCCUUCUCCAGGCAGGAGUGCGAUGCUACAACGCACCCGGUGCCUCUGCGGACUUUGCAGAGUUUGCAAACCUUUCCAAUGCAGUCACCGUCCCUGCUAAUGCCACCAUCGUUCAUAUCACUGGUCAAAUUGGUCUUGACGACCAAGGCGUUCCUUUUAAAGACGCUCGCCAACAGCUCCACGCUGCAUUUCUCAACGUUGAGAAGAACUUGAUAGCAGCUGGAGCCAAGGAUGGCUGGAAAAACGUUUAUAAAUGCGUUGCAUACCAUAGCCCCAACUUGAAUGAGGAGCGACUUGGUAUCUACGCUGGUCUGAUCCGGGAGUUUUGCGGUGCCAAUAGGCCUUCGCAGACAUCUGUUACCGUCCCUGAGCUGUGGCAGGGCGCGUAUGUCGAGAUCACCGUUGAAGCAAUAAUUCCAGCGUAA